GGGGCCGCGGGAACGGAUGGCGGCCUGGGCCCCGUAGCAGCGGCGGCUCUACGGCCCGGGGCCCCGGGCCAGCGGAGGUGGCGGCUCCCGGGACCGGCCGCGCGCAAUGAUGUUGUCCACUGGGCAUGUACUGACCAAUGUGGCAGGUCUGAGAACAUAGCUGAAGCUGAAAAUAGGAAAGCUGGGGCAAGGAAGAGCCUUGAAUCUUGAGGUGGGACGUUGACUCUAAGAUGUCCUUGAGCAGUGGAGCCUCCGGAGGGAAAGGAGUGGAUGCAAACCCGGUUGAGACAUACGACAGUGGGGAUGAAUGGGACAUUGGAGUAGGGAAUCUCAUCAUUGACCUGGACGCCGAUCUGGAAAAGGACCAGCAGAAACUGGAAAUGUCAGGCUCAAAGGAGAUGGAGUCCCCUGUCUCCACACCAGCAGUGCUGCCGCUACACCUUUUGGUACCAGUGGUCAGUAAUGACAUCUCAUCUCCCUGUGAGCAGAUCAUGGUUCGUACCCGAUCAGUUGGGGUCAACACAUGUGAUGUGGCUUUAGCCACCGAGCCUGAGUGCCUGGGUCCCUGCGAACCUGGGACAAGUGUCAACCUCGAGGGCAUCGUGUGGCAAGAAACAGAAGAUGGGAUGUUGGUAGUGAAUGUAACAUGGAGGAACAAGACAUAUGUAGGUACACUUCUUGACUGCACACGGCAUGAUUGGGCACCCCCCAGGUUCUGUGACUCUCCCACCAGUGACUUGGAAAUGCGAAACGGUCGGGGUAGAGGCAAGCGCAUGCGUCCCAACAGUAACACACCUGUCAAUGAGACAGCAACAACAUCUGACAGCAAAGGGACCAGCAGCAGCAGCAAAACCCGAGCAGGAGCCAAUAGCAAAGGCCGUCGGGGCAGCCAGAAUUCUUCAGAGCACCGCCCACCUGCCAGUAGCACCUCUGAGGAUGUCAAGGCCAGCCCUUCCUCAGUGAAUAAGCGGAAAAACAAACCCCUUUCAGACAUGGAGCUGAAUUCUAGCUCAGAGGACUCCAAAGGGAGCAAGCGUGUCCGUACGAAUUCCAUGGGCUCAGCCACUGGCCCCCUCCCUGGGACCAAGGUGGAACCCACUGUUCUAGAUAGAAAUUGUCCCUCCCCAGUCCUGAUUGACUGUCCCCACCCAAACUGUAACAAAAAGUAUAAGCACAUCAAUGGACUUAAGUACCAUCAAGCUCAUGCCCAUACCGAUGAUGAUAGCAAGCCAGAAGCAGAUGGAGACAGUGAGUACGGAGAGGAGCCCACCCUCCAUGCAGACCUGGGGAGCUGCAAUGGUGCCUCUGCCUCACAGAAAGGCUCCUUGUCCCCUGCCCGCUCAGCUACCCCCAAAGUUCGGCUCGUAGAGCCCCAUAGCCCUUCUCCUUCAAGCAAAUUCAGCACAAAAGGUCUGUGUAAGAAAAAGUUGAGUGGGGAAGGGGACACAGACCUUGGGGCCUUAUCCAAUGAUGGCUCUGAUGAUGGACCCUCAGUUAUGGAUGAUACAAGCAAUGAUGCCUUUGAUUCUUUGGAAAGGAAGUGUAUGGAAAAAGAAAAAUGUAAAAAACCCUCUUGUUUGAAACCUGAAAAGAUGCCUUCCAAGAGCUUAAAGUCAGCCCGGCCCAUUGCCCCGGCCAUCCCCCCACAACAAAUCUACACCUUCCAGACAGCCACCUUCACAGCAGCCAGCCCCGGCUCCUCCUCGGGCUUGACCACCACAGUGGUCCAAGCCAUGCCCAACAGCCCCCAGCUCAAGCCCAUUCAGCCCAAGCCCACUGUGAUGGGAGAACCUUUCACAGUCAACCCUGCCUUGACUCCAGCCAAGGAUAAGAAAAAGAAAGACAAAAAAAAGAAGGAGUCUUCAAAGGAACUUGAAAGUCCUCUGACUCCUGGAAAGGUGUGUCGAGCAGAAGAAGGCAAAAGCCCAUUCAGGGAAUCAUCAGGAGAUGGGAUGAAAAUGGAGGGGCUCCUCAAUGGCUCAUCAGACCCUCACCAGAGCCGACUGGCCAGCAUCAAGGCUGAAGCUGAUAAGAUAUACAGCUUCACAGACAAUGCCCCCAGCCCUUCCAUUGGAAGCAGUAGCCGCCUAGAGAGCACUACCCCUACCCAGCCCAUGACUCCCUUACAUGUAGUGACUCAGAAUGGAGCUGAAGCCAGCUCCGUCAAAACCAACAGCCCUGCCUACUCUGACAUCUCUGAUGCUGGGGAGGACGGGGAGGGCAAAGUGGAUAGUGUCAAAUCAAAGGACCCUGAGCAGCUGGUUAAGGAAGGGGCUAAGAAAACUCUUUUUCCCCCUCAGCCACAGAGCAAAGACUCCCCAUAUUACCAAGGCUUUGAGAGUUACUACUCUCCAAACUACGCACAGUCCAGCCCAGGGACGCUGAACCCCAGCAGCCAGGCAGGAGUGGAAAGUCAGGCCCUGAAGACAAAAAAGGAUGAGGAGUCUGAGAGCAUAGAGGGGAAAGCAAAGAACGAUGUCUGUGAGGACAAGAAGCCAGAGCUGAGCAGUUCCAGUCAGCAGCCCUCUGUCAUCCAGCAGCGUCCCAACAUGUACAUGCAGUCCCUGUACUACAACCAGUAUGCCUAUGUGCCCCCCUAUGGCUACAGCGACCAGAGCUACCACACCCACCUCCUGAGCACGAACACAGCUUACCGGCAGCAAUAUGAGGAACAGCAGAAACGGCAGAGCUUGGAGCAGCAGCAGCGGGGACUGGACAAGAAGGCAGAGUUGGGCUUGAAGGAGCGGGAAGCAGCACUCAAAGAAGAAUGGAAGCAAAAGCCGUCAAUUCCACCAACUCUCACCAAGGCUCCCAGCCUGACCGACCUGGUGAAGUCGGGACCCAGCAAGGCCAAGGAGCCCGGGGCUGACCCUGCCAAAUCAGUCAUUAUUCCCAAGUUAGAUGACUCUUCCAAACUCCCCAGCCAGGCCCCAGAAACACUUAAAGUGAAGCUGAGUGAGGCCAGCCACCUAGGCAAGGAGGCUUCUGAGGCUAAAACAGGUGCUGAGUGUGGCCGACAGGCAGAGGUGGAUCCAAUACUCUGGUACCGACAGGAAGCUGAGCCCCGGAUGUGGACAUAUGUUUAUCCUGCCAAGUAUUCAGACAUCAAGUCAGAAGAUGAGAGGUGGAAAGAGGAGCGGGACCGCAAAUUGAAGGAGGAAAGGAGUCGGAAUAAGGACUCUGUUCCCAAGGAGGAUGGGAAGGAAAGCACAAGUAGUGACUGCAAGCUGCCCACUUCUGAGGAAUCCCGCCUUGGGAGCAAGGAGCCCCGACCAAGUGUCCAUGUGCCUGUGUCCUCCCCUCUCACCCAGCACCAGUCUUACAUCCCCUACAUGCACGGCUACUCCUACAGCCAGUCCUAUGACCCCAACCACCCCAGCUACCGGGGCAUGCCUGCUGUGAUGAUGCAGAACUACCCAGGUUCCUACCUACCUUCCAGCUACUCUUUCUCCCCAUAUGGCAGCAAGGUCUCAGGGGGUGAAGAUGCUGACAAGGCACGAGCCAGCCCCAGUGUCAGUUGUAAAUCCGGCUCAGAGUCCAAAGCCUUGGACAUCUUACAGCAGCAUGCCAGCCACUACAAGAGCAAGUCUCCCACGAUAAGUGAUAAAACUUCUCAGGAGAGAGAUCGGGGAGGCUGUGGGGUGGUUGGGGGUGGUGGCAGCUGUAGCAGCAUCGGAGGAGCCGGUGCCGGUGAUAGAAGUGUAGACCGGCCCCGCACCUCUCCGUCCCAGCGCCUGAUGUCCACACACCACCACCACCACCACUUGGGCUACUCAUUGCUCCCAGCACAGUACAACCUACCCUAUGCAGCAGGGCUUUCUUCCACAGCCAUUGUUGCCAGCCAGCAAGGCUCAACUCCCUCACUCUACCCACCCCCCCGGAGGUGAGAAUGAACACCAAGUGCCGGGAUAAAGUCAGCUUCACGGGCCCGACUGGCUCACCCAAGGAGGUGCUGGAGGUGCCACUAAUACAUCAGUUAAAUGGUGUUGAUCAUCCUGUUUGCCGUGUUCCCACCAUGACCGAAGGCAGACCCUUGGCUAUCUCGCCUCCACCAGGUCCCGGACUCCCCCACCCUCCCUCUUCCUCAGGAGCUGGAGAGCUGGUACUUAGCAAAAAUAUUUAUUCUCUCGGCCACAUUUGUGACUGUUGUGGCCUCUGUGGAGAUGAAGGCAUGGGGAGCAACCAGGGGAACAUGGCCUCAGCCCAGAGAAGUCACUGCUCUGUUCCCCAACCCCUGGUCAGCUGCCGGAGGAGUACCAGCCCCCACCCAGGGAGGGACCCCCAAGCACUGGGUAAGGUCUGAAGACAGCACAGCAGCCAUUCCCUCUCACCGUCAUUACCACCAUCACCAGAUCCUGCAUCUCCCCAGUGGUUUGAGCCCUGGGAACUGACAGCACGUGGAGAAAUUAGAAUCUCAGGAAAGAAAUUGGGGGCUGUUUUCUCUAUAAUUGUGAAAACAAGGUCUUCAAACAUGAAGACUUCUCCCCUCUCACAUGAGCACAUAUAAAUGCUCAGAGCCCAGCCUAGAAAGGUUGACCAUGGUACUUGCCCAGCAUGGCCUUGGGCUGCUGGUCAGGCAGAGGGUUGGGGGUCCCCACACCAGCACAGGGCUCCCCAGGGGUACUGGCAGUAAGCUGGAGCUGGAGCAUGAAUGGAGUCUGUGAAAUAGAACUGCAUCCCCACUAAGUCCUGCUGCUUCUUAGCCCUCAACACCUGGCCCUUUCUCUUUUCCCUCCUGACCCCUGUGCCCAGGGGGAUUCUCACACUGAUCUCUCCUCUUCUUUUCCACUGCUUGGCUCUUAAGACUCAGGCAGGUAAAAUAGUAUUCCCCGGCCUGGGGAGCUUCAGAGUCUGCCAGGGUCCUCAGGGCAAGGCCCAGGGGGCAGUUCUUAAGAGAUGUCCUGGCCAUUCAGCCAUCAUUUAGGGUCACAAAUAUAUACAGCCAGGUUCCUCUGUAUACAAGUAUACGGUUUUAUAUAGCUCAGUCUAUAACCCCAUGUGUGCCAAUAUGAGCCGUGUCUUUGUAACACACAUUUUUGUUUUAGGAGACACUGACCAUAGGAGGUUAUGUGUUCCUUAGACCUGGGGUAACACAUUCAAGCCAUUACUCCUCUGAGCCACAAAGUGUACUCAGUGGGAGCUGUGCUUUGAGGCAGCAGACAUUUCUCUGCUCUCUCAGUCCAGGCUCUGUGCUCUUUGUACUGGGAAGGGACAAUGCUUUGGUAGCUUUAUUGGAGUCACUUCCUUCCCCGUGGUGUGGGAAGCUUUAGCUCUUACUUUGCUUUUGAGGUAUCAUCCCUUUGUUCUCCUCCUCUCCUAUCUGUCCUUGACCUGGAUUGAGAGAAAAUAAAGACUGACAGAUACCAGCCUAGGCACCCGGGGUAUUAGUGACCAGAGUGCCCAAAGUGACCACUUUUGCAGGUACUUGGCUCUGACAGCGUGGGUCAUGGAGGUGGAGGGCAGUUAGCACAUUGUCCAGCAAAGGCUGCUUUCCAAGAUCCCAGAGCCCUACUCUAGAUCUAGAGGCUCAGGGUCAUUUGCCUAAGAGGAGCCCCUCUGACCUAUAGACCUUUCCUCUAGGUUUCACGUUCUCGUUUUUAUUCAAGUUGGGUUCUGAGCCCGUCCAAAAAUCUCACCAUUUUAGACCUCUUAGCAGGCCCCAAGAAGCCUCCCUCUCCUCCAUCAUUCCCUCUGCCUCCUGCUGCCCCAGCGGGCAGUGCUCUGAACAGUGACACCCCUUUCAUCCGUGGAAGUGACACCCCACCUAACCUGAGUCACCACUAAGAGGAUGACUGAAUUUCAGCCUGAUUAUGCCCUCCCACACUCCUGUGGGGUGAAGCCAAGGGCCUGUCUCUGUUCCUGUUUGUUUUUAAAUAUUGUUGUGUGUUUUGUAACUGUGGCGCUGGCUUACAGCGUGAUCUGUACAUAUUGUAAAGAAACCGUUUAAAGUAAUUUUUUUCCCAUCAGGCAGGCAUGGUCUGCAUUCCUGCCCUUUCCACUUCAUUCUGUAACACAGAGAAGAAGAAAUUCCGUAUUAGCAGGGCAGCCUUGGGUUCUACAGAAGGGAACAGCUUUUUCUUUUGUUUUCUUUUCCCCUAUUAAACUUUUGGCUCUUGGAUCCUUAUAUCCAAGUCUCCCUUGAAGAGUGGAAGCUGAACUGCCCAGAAGAGCAGGUAAAAGCCAGGAAUGGCAGAAUGGCACUGCCUUUUCCUGAUCCCUAAUCCUCCUGCUCUCAGAUCCUUGCCAGGUCCAAUCUUCCUUCCCUGGAAUAGCACAAAGCAGCAGCAGCAGCAGCAAAGGAGGAAACAGAUCCUUGAUGAGCGCUGAGUGAAGGAUUUGCUGCCCACCUCCAGCCUCUCUACAUGGGGAGGAGGAACACAGGUGAGGGUACCUGUGGCACCCAUGACCUGGUCAGAGGGACAAGACACGAAGCAAGGAUUCCCAUUCUACCCCCACCCCACUCCGUAAGCAUAGGCUGGAAAAGGUUGCUGCUAAGGGCCCAGACCACCAGACCAAGGCUCUCUUGGCACCACCCCAGCCCAGGCCUCUCCUAGACAUCUCAUCAGGUUCCCCAGAGAAUCUAGAGGGAAAGACAGCCAAGCUUGGAGAGCUGCUGCUCAAGAUUCACAUCCUCCUCUUCCUCAUUCAGCCCCUUUCCCCGUUGGUACAUGUAUAUGUACAUGUAUGCAAUUUCCUUCUUAUCUCAUCCUCUCCACACAUCUCAAGGUCAGAGGACCACAAGCAGAAGGGUUAAGAGGGCACCCCAUGAAAUGAAGUGGUGAUUCUUAAAUCUCUUCUCUCCAGGCUCCACGGUGGGUGUGGGAAGACUUGGCCUCAGGAGUGGGAGGAUAAGACUGCAGAAGGGCUAAGAGUUAUUUUAUACGGGCUUUGAGGUCACCCAUGUCACUAAUUAUCCAUAUACCCUAUCACCAUCCCACUGUCUACUCUGAUGCCCCCAAGACUCCACUGGGCAGCUAGUUGGCCCCAUAAUUCUGGGCCUUUAUUAUUUGUUUUAUUCCUUGGGCCUCCCAGGAAGUUUUCUGAUGAUCCUCUGCCAUGGGCCCCUCCUGGGAUGAGCCCCUCCCAAACCCCAUCCCAGCCCCUCCUGCCCCAGCCCACCCGCUUGCCUUGGUGCUCAGCCCCCAUUGGGAGCAGGUUGGGGCGAGCUGGAGGCCCGGGCUGGAGGGGCAGUGUUGCUGUUCAUAGCUUUUGUUCCAUUGGCGUUGCUCUGUUGGAUUUAAUUUCAGUCUUCCUGAUUCUUCCCUUAUGUAAAGUGUACAUUACCAAGUUCCUUGUUUUUUUAUAUAUAUAUAUAAAUAUAUAUAUAUACAAACUGUACUCUUUUUGCCUUUGUACAUUCAGGCAAGAAGAGAAAAAUAAAUCUUUUUAAGAGACAAUCACAAAUCUGUGAGGGCUGCUGGUUAUUUCUCCUGGAGUUUGCUGCUGAGCUGUCUCCUCCUCCCUCCUCCCCACCUUUCCAUUCUCUCUCAGCUUUCCUUAUCUUCCUGGUCCUGUUCCAUAUGCAUCCUCAGCUCCACCUUCCCUGGCUGAUGGCAAGUUGUUGAAUCCAAUGUCCAGACUACCUACCCCGCAAUCCUUCCUGCCCAGCAGUGUUUUCCAGCUUGGCCACUGCCUUACCCAGAAGCUUUAACCUGUGCCCUGGCCUCUCCUGUCUUCCUUCCCCUUAGAUCCCAUUCACCCAAGUGGCUUUGGACUCCUGGGUACUCUGGGACGUCCCAGAAACCCUGGUUUUGGAUACUUACCUGUGAAACUAUGCAGCGGGGAGCUCUUUGCCUAAGAGUUUGCACUAUUUCAACCUGCCUGGGAGUUAGAACAGAUGGUUUUUUAGGAAGAGUGGGAAACUCCUUAAAACCCCCCAAUUCCAGCCUCCAGGGUGCUCUAAUCCAGAUACCAGAGAAUCGUUCCCUGCUGGUGGAUUCCUAUGGCUGCCCACCCCAUCAGAACAAGCCCUAAAUGUUUAUGGGUCAAGAGCAUUUGAUCAGAAUUUCAAAGGGUGGUACAUUCGGAAACAGCCCAACCCAAUCAUUGUUCCACCUCUUGAACUUUCUCCUUUCCAUGAUUUUCUCCUCCCCUCCGUUUUUUCCCCUUUCUUGCUGCUUCCUUUUCUUAAUUGGGUUUGGAAUUGAAGUAUAUUUUUAAAUUAUUUGUUGUAUUUAUUGAAUAAAGUUUUUAAUGUCCCUGUUCUUAAAUUUAGACUAGUUUGCCUUUCACAUUAUCUCCCCUCCCCAACUCCAUCAUCCCCCAAAAUAGUCUACCUUCUAAGUUGCUUUAAUUGGAGUGCAGAUUUGGGGGAUUUACCAUGUUUCUUUCCUCUUAGUGGUCUUAUCUUUUUGAAAGGGAAUUCUUAACUGUCUGGGUUUCUGAUUUUAUCCAAUUCUGGCUGUGUUUAAGAGGAUCCACCAGUAGAUGGCAGCAAAAUCUGAUGUUUCCUGUCCACUCUGCUAGCUUUGGGGAUAAUAAAGGGCCGAGUCUUGU